AUGUCUGAAGCAUCAGGGAAGCACGAGUCUGACAGGGCCAAGGUUGAAAGAACUCCACUUGGUGUGAAAUGCAUGGGCCUCAAGAGUGGUUCAUCAGGUUCUAAGAAGAAGUUUGAGAAGAAGACAGCCAAGAUUCCAUCAAGAAAGGUGUAUCAGUCUCAAGCUCGUGACAAGACUACCUCAAAUGCUCCUAUUAUUGAAGAUGUCACAGAUGAAGAAGAACUUUCUGCUGAAAACUCUCCCAUUGGUUCUAAUCAAGAUGUUGUGCCCGAUGUUAGGGCUUCUAUACUUGCAGAUGGUUCAACUCAAGAAAUUUCAGGGAAGGAAUCCACUGCUCGUGAAGAUUCAGGUGUACCCACUCAUUCUGAUGGCUCUUCUUCUCCUUCGAAAGAGGAUGAACCAGUACAUGUGACCAUUGAUGAUUCUCAGUCCAAAGAAUCAAGCCAGGCUCCUGCCUCUAUUCAGACCAUCUCUGAUGAUGACUCUGAUGAUGUUCUGUUAACUGCUUCUCUGCCUGAUAGUGUUGCUGCAAGGAUCAAGAGAAAAAGAAGGGUUCCUGAUGUUGAAGAAUCUCUUGCUCCAAAGAAGAAGACCAAGUCCACUCCAACAACUUCCAAGUCCAAGAAAAAAGAUGUGAAGGGAAAAGGUAAGCAACAGAAAGUUAAAUCCAAGAAGAGUGUCAAGAAGAAGAAGGUUCCACUUGUUGCUGAGGAAUCUGGGUCAGAUGUUGAGGGGGAUGUCGAGGACAUCUUGCCUUCUGAGAAGAAGGAGUAUGCAGGAAAACGCAUUCCUCAGAAUGUCCCUGCUGUUCCUAUUGACAAUGUGUCCUUUCAUGCUGAAGGUCAUGUUCAGAAGUGGAAGUAUGUGUGCCAACGCAGAGUUGCCAAGGAAACGGAAGUUGGCUCUGAUGUACUUGAGUGCAAGGAAGUGGUUGCACUUAUUGAAAAGGCUGGACUGAUGAAGAUCAUUCUCAAGGUGGGAAGGUGUUAUGAAAAACUGGUGAGAAAAUUUCUGGUGAAUUUGUCUGUGGAAGUGGGACUUGCUGAAAGUGUUGAGUUUAGAAAGGUGUUUGUCAGGGCAAAAUGUGUUGAAUUCUCCCCUGCUGUGAUCAACAAAGCACUUGGUAGAAGUGUUGUUGAGUUUGUUGAUGAGGAGUUGUCCUUGGAUGUGAUUGCCAAGGAGAUUACUGCUGGCCAAGUCAAGAAGUGGCCCAUCAAGAAGUUGUUGUCUACAUGA